UUUUAGUCAGCCAGCACGCUCUCUGUGGUACACUAGUGUUGGUCAAACCAGCAGCUAAAAAGCCCUGCAAAUUCCAGGGAAAUGCCAUUUUCAUUCUUUAACAUUUUGUUAUGCUGCAUAGCAAGGAAGUAAGAGUACAUCCUGCUCUCGGGGCCAGAUAACACAUGUACUUCCCUUUGCUGAAUGACAAGGUGGGAAAUCAAGUAGUGAAAGGAGCCACCGUACCUCUUUAUAAGACAGCAUUGUGGACACAGGGUAUAAAUAAAACUCUCAAUGGACCAAAUGUGGACUCAUCGGGAGCGGCCAAGCAGGGCAUGGCUUUAAGCAGUCCAGGACUACUGCUGAUAUGUAUGUUAGCCUCUAAGGUGUGGGAUUCUGGGACCAAACCCAUAGACUUUGUGUGUAACAGGGCAGCACGCAGGGUUUUGAAUCUAGUGCCAGAAAUGGAAAAAUUACUGAAUGAUUGCAGUGAUGUCAUAACCACGUCAUUUCAGCUGCCGUGUACAGAGCUUAAUGUGGCAUCGUGGGAAACCAAAUCACUGCAGGUGAGAAGAGGAGACAUAGUUGCAUCCUUGAUGCUUCUCCAAGAUGGUGUGAAGGUGAUGAGGGCUCUGAGUCAGCCAGAAUGUGGUGCUUCGCUGCUGCAGAGAUUGGAAAACAACAUCAGAAACUACUUAUACAUUCUCACGUCGCUUCAGCUGAGUCAGGGCCCAGCGAUGAAUCCAACGCUGUCUUGUGUUCCUCAGUUGUCACAAAGCCUCAACACUUUCCCCGGAUGAAAAUUAAACAGCUGCUCGCUGGCAACCUGGAGACGUUCAUUGUUAACCUGGAAGACACAUGUACUUUCCAUUGACACUGGAACUUCUUAACUUCACAAAUGUGGAUAAAUUCGCCUCAAGCCAAGCCUCAGGUCAACACAUUUUACUAGGAUAAUUAACCUUCAUUUAUCGGCAUUGUUAAAUUUACAGGUGAAACAGUUUUUUCCAUGAAUAAAUUGGGACAGAAAUAUGUUUUUGACAUUUUUAUGUUGGUAUUGAAAUGUAAGUUUCAGAACAGUCUUCAUAUCAAUGUAAAUUUGUUUAAUUCCAACUGAUUUUUCUUUUAUGUUUAUAGCACUUUCAACCAGUGAACCAGUGAAACAAAGGUACCGGGUUGCACUUUGAAGCCAUGACUUUAAAAAAAGAGUUUCUGAUUAAUUCUAUACUUGUAUUUUUUCUGUAAAUAUGUUGUAUAUAAAUGCAUGACAUAUUAACUCAUAUAAAUGUUCAAUUCAUUGUUAUAAGUAAUAUUUAUGCUGUACCAGGCCUUCACAAAUGUUGCAAAUAAAGAUUUUGAUAGGAAUAUG